UCCUCUCAUAUGCGUUUACAUAUAUCUUCUCUUUACUCUCUCUCGUUUCAGAUAAUAAAUAGAGAAGAAGAAAUAGAAACAUGUCCGAGUGGUUUGUAGCGGCGGUGGCGACGGUGUUGUUUGUGAUUCUGACGCCGGGACUGUUGUUUCAGGUUCCGGGCAACAACUGCUUUGUAGACUUCGGGAAGAUGGAAACGAGCGGACGCUCAAUCCUUGUCCAUGCCUUCAUUUACUUCGGCCUCGUCAUUGUCUUCACCGUCGUCAUACACAUUCCAGGCACUUAAUACUUCUACGUAAUCACAAAAUAUUUCUUCUUUUUUAUUACUUAUGUAUGUUUUUCUUUUUACUUUUUCGUAUAUUAUUAUGUGCCGUACGUUAUGAUGAUAACAAAUGUUACCAAAAUGAAAGAAGAUAAAAAAAAACUUGAUGCAUUAUAAGAAGAAUCAAGAAUAAACCUGUUUCGAAA